CGAAAGAUGCCUUCUCACAGAAGUUGACAGAGAUGGGAUCGCUAUGGGUACUUCAAACACAUAUCACAUGCAGCUCGACACUGCCGCGGGACGAAGCAUGCCAUCUAUCAACGAGUACUGGCCUCGUGGACCUACUCAAAGAAGACUGGUGGGAUUUUCUAGUGGUCUGAUGGCGAAGCGCCACCAGAGCCACUUGUCCGCCUCAUUCCGCUGUAACUCGCGAUUCUCACCUGAUUUGCGUGCGACCACUCACGAUCGAGGUUGGCAACAGCGUCAUGAACGAAACCACGAGCUCCAUUGGCAUCCUGCAUGCCAGGCCUCGAUAUACAAUAGCCGAAUCAUCCAACAAGCCUAGGACUGUUCACAAGUUAUAGUCCCAAGAUAAGUGACUGAAGUUCUUUGUGAGCUGUCGAUACUAAUCUUAACUUUCGAAUUACACAACCAUAAUGAAAGAGUCACCAGUAUUCGUGCGCAAAUUUGAGUAUCUGAGACGACAGGAUGUUGCUUCCGUUGGCGGAAAGAAUUCGUCUCUUGGAGAGAUGAUCAGCACAUUGGCCGGGAGAGGAAUUACAGUGCCAUCUGGCUUCGCAACGACUGCGGACACAUACUGGUACUAUCUCGAGGCUAAUCAAAUCCGAGACAAGGUUGGUAAGCUGAUUGCGGACUGGCAAUCUGGAAAAGCAAGCCUGCCGGAAGCUGGAAAAGAAAUUCGAAAUCAGUUCCUCCGAGGCGACUGGCCAAAAGACGCCGCUGAUGCCAUCAAAUCGGCGUACCGUGAACUCUCCGAGACAGCCAAAGCCAAAGACCUCAGUGUAGCUGUUCGCUCGAGUGCGACCGCGGAAGAUCUACCGGAUGCAAGUUUUGCUGGCCAGCAAGAGACAUUUCUCAACAUCAGGGGCGAGCAGGCCUUGCUAAACGCAUGUCGACGGUGCUAUGCCUCCUUGUUCACAGAUCGAGCCAUCAGCUACCGCCAAACCAGGGGCUUCGACCACAUGAAGGUAGCCCUUUCGAUCGGAGUGCAACAAAUGGUUCGAUCUGAUCGAGGUGGUUCCGGUGUCAUGUUUUCCAUAGACACUGAGAGUGGCUUCAACAAGAUCGUGCUCAUAAACGCUGCGUGGGGCCUUGGCGAGAAUGUUGUACAAGGUGCCGUCGAUCCAGAUGAGUACCAGGUUUUCAAGCCACUCCUAACCAGCCCCGACUGUGUUCCCAUCGUUGAGAAAAAGCGGGGCGAGAAAGAUAUCAAGAUGAUAUAUGGCGAUGAGCAUAUGCCGGUUCGUAACGUGCCUACUUCAAAGCAUGAACGAGCAUCGUUUGUGCUCAAUGAUGUUGAAAUCCUCCAACUGGCCCGCUGGGCAGUCAUAAUUGAGCAACACUAUGGCUGUGCGAUGGAUAUUGAGUGGGCCAAAGAUGGCUGCACGGAUCAGUUAUUUGUAGUCCAGGCACGACCAGAGACAGUGCAGGCGCGACGAGAAGCUGGCGUCUUCAAGACAUACAAGGUGGGAAAGAAAGGACGGGUGCUGAUUUCAGGGCUGUCGGUUGGUGAGGCAGCAGUUUCGGGCCGCCUCUGUCUCAUUGAGAGUGCAAAGGACAUUGACAAGUUCAUUGAUGGAUCAAUUCUGGUGACCGAAACUACCGAUCCAGAUUGGGUGCCUAUAAUGAAGCGCGCGGCUGCAAUCAUCACCGACCAUGGAGGCCGUACCUCCCAUGCUGCUAUUGUGAGUCGUGAGCUCGGAGUUCCUGCCGUCGUUGGCGCACGCAAUGCGACAUAUCUUCUCCAUACCGGCCAAGACGCAACUGUCUCCUGCGCCGAGGGAGAUGAAGGCUUUGUCUACGAAGGCAAGGCUGAGAUCACGACAAAAGAACUCGACGUUGCGAGUAUUUCCUCGACUCGAACGAAGAUCAUGUUGAAUCUUGCAAACCCUGCUGCCGCCUACCGAUGGUGGCGGCUGCCGGCGGACGGAAUUGGCCUUGCACGCAUGGAAUUCGUCAUCAGCAAUCAUAUACAAGUACACCCCAUGGCACUUGUUCGCUUUGACCGACUCAAAGAUGAAGAGGCCGUAAAGAAAAUCACCAGCCUCACCCAAGGCUAUCCUGAUAAACCCGAGUAUUUCGUAGACAAACUUGCACGUGGACUUGCUUGUCUCUGUGCUGCUGUCUAUCCCAAGCCUGCAAUUAUACGUUUGAGCGAUUUCAAAACGAAUGAGUACGCCAAUCUCAUCGGAGGAGCAGAGUUCGAACCGAAAGAAGAGAACCCAAUGUUAGGUUUUCGCGGCGCUUCCAGGUACUAUUCACCACGAUACAAAGAGGGAUUUGCUCUCGAAUGUAAAGCUCUCAAGCGACUUCGAGAAGACAUGGGUUUCACUAAUGCCGUCGUCAUGGUCCCUUUCUGCCGUACAGUCGGCGAGGCCGCGAAGGUUCUACAGGUCAUGGCCGAUCACGGGCUGAAGCGAGGCGAGAACGGGUUACAAGUCUACGUGAUGUGCGAAAUUCCAUCGAACGUUAUCAUGGCUGGGGAAUUCACCAAAUACUUUGACGGUUUCAGCAUUGGCUCCAACGACUUGACACAGCUGACACUGGGAGUCGACCGCGAUUCUUCCGAGCUCGCAGAUCUUUUCGACGAACAAGACAAGGCCGUCAAGUGGAUGAUUUCAACCGUCAUAGCCGAGUCUAACAAAGCUGGCCGAAAGAUCGGGCUUUGCGGGCAAGCUCCCAGUAACCACCCUGAAUUCGCAGCUUUCCUCGUUGGUUGCGGCAUUACUUCUAUCUCGGUUAGCCCUGACAGCUUCUUGGAAGUUAAGAAACAUGUCUUUUCAAGUGAGAACGGAAAGGCCAUCUAAUUAUUGAGCCUUUAAUGCUAUUAAAAUAGUUAGUAUAGUAAUUGGAGCACACCGCAUGUUAUGAUUCAAAA